GUAAACAACACCCGGCAGCGGCGCAGAGUUUAAUAUAAAAGUUUUAAAAGUUAAGUAGAAAAGUACCACAAAAACCGCGUAUGGUGCUGGAAACGAAGCUAGGAAAUAAGAGAACCAAAUACUAGAUAGGAUAAGUAAAAGUAGUCAGUCAUGUUGAACGCAUUAGGAGUGAUCGUCUCCGGAAGAUUGGUUCAAACCGACUUCCAGGAAAUCAGUGCCACACACUUCCUUAUCACCAUUCCCGACGCGGACAACGUAAACCAUGUGGUGGUUUUUCUCACCGGUACAGCACCCUUCCCCGAAGGAAUGGCCGGUGGAGUGUACUUUAGUUGGCCAGAUCCGAAUGCACCGCCCAGCUGGCAGUUGCUAGGUUACAUCUCCAACUCGAAACCGUCUGCGAUAUUUAAAAUUUCCCAGCUGAAGAAGCUGGACGAGAUCGUCGGCCAGGCUGGUGGCGGUAUUAUGAACAAUAAUGUGUUCGGCUCAAACCUGCCCAUCUCGCACAUUGCCCAGAUCGGUGUCUCCAUCGAACCGGAAGCCUCGCUUGUACAGCAAACGCCUGCUACGACGACCUCUAGCACGUACUAUCAGUUCGGACAGAAGAUUCUGGAGAAUUUUUUCAACUUUGUCAGCAGCUUCUCGGUGACCCAGAGCCAGAUGACACCGAACUUCAACGAAACGUACGUGCCACUCUCGACGCUGCAAACGUGGUACACCAACUUCGAGCGGCGGUUGCAGCAGAAUCCCAACUUUUGGAAAAAUUAAUCACCUCACCGUGCACCCAUCGGUCGAUCGAUUUGCUAAAUAUCACGCGACGCCCGCCCUAUCAUUUUGUUUAAAUGCAUUUUAUUGUAUUAAAAUAGAAAGCUUUUCGA